AUGGUGGAGAAGCGGUGCCCGCGGCUGCAGCGGGACGGCGUCUACCGCUGGUUCUCCGAGCUGCCCUCCCCGCAGCGCGUGGAGUUCCUCUGCGGCCUCCUGGACCUCUGCAUCCCGCUGGAGCUGCGCUUCCUGGGCGCCUGCCUGGAGGACCUGGCCCGCAAGGACUACCACUCCCUGCGCGACUCCGAAAUCAAGGCCAACAACCCCGCCGACCUGGGGAGCCUCACCAACCUGACGGACGAGGUGGUCCGCAGCAAACUUUUGGUCUCCCUCGCCCUGCUCGGCUCUGCCCACCGAGAGGCGGCCGGGGUCCUCUUCCGUACCCUCACCCACAUCGAUUCGGUCAUCAACAACUAUGGGCUACAACUCAACGAGGGCCGCACCGGGGAUGAGUUCCUGUUGCUCUUCACGAUGGCAUCCAACCACCCUGCUUUCAGCUUCCACCAGAAACAGGUGCUGAGGCAAGAGCUCACCCAGAUCCAGAACAUCAUGGCCAGCACCAGCAAGAAUCCCAGCACCUCUACCCUCAACACCAUGGCAACCUAUCCUGGCUGCCAUAAGGUCACUCCAAGGUCCGAGACCCCCAUCAACAGUGUCAGUAACAGUUUGGAAAAUGUACUACAUACAUCAACACAUUCCAUUGAGGAGUCAUUACCCAAGAGGCCUUCGGGGAAGCACUCCAAAGUGAGCGUUGAAAAAGUAGAGUUAAAGGGACUGGCACACAAGAAGAAUGAAAGAAAUGUUGAAUAUUCCUUUGAGGUCCUGUGGUCUGAUUCUUCAGUGACGUUGGUAACCAAAUCUUCCGCUGAAGUGACUGAAUUUAUUUCAAAGCUAUCUCAGCUGUAUCCAGAGGAAAACUUGGAGAAAUUCAUUCCUUGCCUAGCUGGUCCAGAUUCGUUUUACCUAGAACGGAACCACAUGGACCUGGAAUCGGACCUUAGGUAUUUGGCACCAUUACCUUCCCAUGUGGUGAAAAAUGACCACGUUAGAAAGUUCUUCAGCACUUCAUCUCCUUCACAGCAACUUCAGAGUUCAAGUCCUGGCAACCCCUCCCUUUAUAAAGUAGGAACGACGCUGGGAGCAUCUGGAAGACCUAUAUGCGGAGUGGCUGGCAUUCAGUCUUCUCAGAAUCACGUUCAGCACUCGGCCGCUGCUCCCGUUGCACUACCCCACUGUUCCCACGCAGGAGGUACUGGCUCCUCGCUGGCCUAUCGCACCCAGAUGGACGCCUCUUCUUCGCCCAUGCUCAUGUCUUCCAGCCCACAGACCCCUCAGACACAGGAGCAAAACGGGAUCUUAGACUGGCUCAGGAAACUGCGGUUGCACAAAUACUAUCCUGUCUUCAAACAGCUCACGAUGGAGAAGUUUCUGAGUCUUACUGAGGAAGAUCUGAAUAAGUUUGAAUCCCUCACCAUGGGAGCAAAGAAGAAGCUCAAGACGCAGCUAGAGCUGGAGAAAGAAAAAUCAGAGAAACGGUGCCUAAACCCCGCAACACCUUCUUCAGUAACCAGCAGCGGUGUGGCAAGGGUUCCCCCUACUACGCACGUAGGGCCUAUCCAGAGUAUUCGUGGCAACCAUGCUGCAGAGCUGCGAGUGGAUGUGGAUCAGCCAGCCCACCCGCUGCCCCGAGAGGGCAGUUCUUCCGAGUACUCCAGCUCUUCUUCCAGCCCCAUGGGGAUCCAGACGAGGGAAGAGAGCUCCGACAGCGCCGAGGAGAACGAGAGACGUUUAGAGAUUCACUUAGACGGCUCGGAAAAGGAGAAGCCAGUGAUGUUACUGAAUCAUUUCACUUCGAGCUCUGCCAGACCCACGGCUCAGGUCUUACCAGUGCAAAACGAUGCAGGCUCCAAUCCAUCCGGCCACCACGCUCUGCCAAUGCAAAUGAUGUCGGCGGCCUCUACUCACAUCACCCCCAUUCGGAUGCUAAAUUCAGUGCAUAAAUCAGACCGUGGCAAUGCAGACAUGAAGCUGCUUUCAUCGUCUAUGCAUUCACUUUUAUCUUUAGAAGAACGAAAUAAAGUUUCUCCUGGACCUAGGGGCAGCAUAAAAAUGGAAAAGAGCUUUGGCAAUACAGUGGUGGACGUAAUGUCUGCAUCUUCUCCCCACCAGCCCUUGCAAGUGCUGUCAGGGGCUGCUGAGAACAGCUCACCCACAUCUACUAUUAACUUUGGUCCUCGAACCAAAGUCGUGCACGCUUCGACUCUGGACAGAGUGAUCAAAACAGCACAGCAGCCAGGAUUAAUAGUAGAAACGAGCACUGCUGCCACUGUAACAUCCAGCACAGUCUUCCAGUUGGCUCGUCCACCCAUCAAACUCCUGGUGUCUUCGUCUCUUCCUACUGACUCUGCCAUUGCCGGACAGACUUCCUGCUCCAGUAAUAUGCAAAUAACGGUGUCCCCUGCAAUAAUAAAUCCCCGGACUGCUCUGUACACCGCCAACACCAAAGUUGCCUUUUCCGCAAUGAGCAGCGUGCCAGUGGCGCCAAUGCAAGGCAGCUUCUGCGCAAACAGUAACGCAGCCUCCUCCAGCAGCCACCCCUCCACGUCAUUUGCCACCAUGGCGAAUUUGCCCAGCUGCCCCGCACCCAGCUCCAGCCCCACGCUCUCAUCUGUCGCUGAGAAUAACUUCUACAGCAGCAGCAGCAGCAGCAGUAGCAGCAGCAGCAGCAGCAGCAGUGGAUCCGCAGGGAGCAUCCCGGUACCAAACCAGAACCAUCACCACCAUCACCACCAGCAGCAGCAGCCGCAGCCGCCCGGGUGCAUGGUGUGCAGCUCCUGCGGGUGUAGCGGGAACUGCGGUUCGAGCGGUAUGACCGUCAGCUACGCUAACUAUUUUCAGCACCCGUUUUCAGGACCUUCAAUGUUUACUUUUCCAUUUCUGCCCUUCAACCCCUUGUGUAGUAACGGCUACAUCAACACGCAGCAGUACAACAGCAGCACGACUUUCCCCGUGGUCCACACCGCCUACAACAGCGGUAUAGCACCGGACUCCGUAAUGACUGGGCAGUCGACGUUCGCGGUACCGCCAAUGCAGAACUUUAUGGCAGGGACGGCAGGGGUGUAUCAGGCGCAGGGAAUGAUGGGAAACAGCAAUGGUUCAAGUCACAAAAAAAAUGGGAAUCUCUCCUGUUACAACUGUGGGGCCAGUGGUCACAGAGCUCAGGACUGCAAACAGCCUCCGAUGGAUUUCAAUCGACAAGGUACGUUUAGGCUGAAAUACGCUCCUCCCUCGGAAAGUCUUGACUCCACAGACUGAUAUUUUAUCAUCUGGCAAGAAAAUACUGUAAGCCAUGGAGAUAAAAGGAGAUUGAAACACAAAACUGAGACGUCCAGUUGCUGUUAAGCUUAAUGUAUUUU